AUGGGAGAUGAUAUCGAUGGGUUCAGGCGACUUGUGGCUGGAGAUAAAUUGACGAUCAACGUUGCUCUGACAGAUGCAAAUCUUCGAAAAUCCAGCGCAACUGCCGAAAGCCUUGCAUCCUACCAGAGUCUAAUCGAGACUGCCAAGGCCGAGCUUGAGGUUCAUCUGGAAGUUAUUGAUAGCAAACUUGAGGCUAUGCUGGGGCGAAACAUGCCAAAGGACUGUUCUCGUCCCUUCAUUAUCCUCUCAAUUCUUACUCCCAUCCUUCGGCCUCCAUGCCUUCAUCUGCGCUGCUGUGUGACGUCUAAAUCCAUCGGAAUGCUGCCAGACAUGAAUAUCGGCUGGAAGCUGGAGGUGGGCACCACGGUCACAUUUAUCAGUGCUUUUAUCGUUGUAAUGCUACGGACGCUUGCGCGCACUCUAUAUGCCACUCUGGGAUGGGAUGACUAUCUGAUGCUGUUUGCUGUGGCGCAAGCCUUUGUAGCAACCAUCUGCGACUACAUCGCGGUCAACGGCCUGGCUAGCAACGAUGCACAUCAACUUAUCCCUUCACUGGGCGGGAAACCAACCCUGAUGAACUACCUCCAGGGCAAGAGAUACUUCCUGGCCCUUCCCGUGUUCCACGCUGCCUGUCUCACUUUUGUGCUCGCAUUCAACAUCUUCUCAGGCGUCACCUGUGUGCUGCCGCCCGCCGGUCCUCUGACGGCCGACGUGGCCAACGAGGUCUUCUUGCACGGCAACCUGGACGGCGCCCUCUGA